GUUGUGCAGUCACCUCUGGUCGGGGAGGGAAUAUAUUUCUGGAGCGGGGAGCCUGUCUCGCAUGAGCUGCAUCGUCUUUGGAGAAGCACAGGCUCAGAGGAGUUGGAGUCAUGAGCGCAAAAGAGGCACCCAAUCCUGGGAAGGAGCAGGCGGAUGGUGUGAGUGCGGCCACAGAUGGUCCCUCACCAACCUUAGUCCCAAAGAUCAAGAGUACAAGUCCACCAACUGUCACAAUAAAGAAAGAGCCCGGGACCUCAGAGACGAGCAACGGGAAAGUGGGUGAUGCCAACCCCGCUGAGAUCUGUGUUGUCAUUGGAGGGAAUGAUGGAGGAGCAAGUGGAGGUGGAUCCCGUAGAGCUCAGACCGAGGGUAUGUUUGCCCUUGGUACUCCUCCUCCAACGAAGAGCACAGACUCGUGCAUAGGUUCCUAUGUAUGUGGGGUAUGUGGGAAGAAGUACAAGUAUUAUAACUGCUUUCAGACACACGUCAGGGCACACAGAGAAUCAGAUAACAUGGUUGCAGAUGGUCUACCCCAGACACCCAACAUCUUGUCUCCUCACUGUAGCCGCCUUCCCAUAGGUGACAUCCUAAUACCAGAUAGCUUCCGUUACUCCUGUGACAUUUGUGGCAAGAAGUAUAAAUACUACAGCUGCUUCCAGGAGCACCGUGACCUGCAUGCAGUUGACGAUCCAUAUGAACAGGUAGUGUUACCUGUGGACGGCCUUAAAGAGGAGGAGCCAGUUGAACCCUACCAGAAAAUUGGACCAAAAACUGGGAGCUAUGUUUGUGAGUUCUGUGGGAAGCAGUACAAGUAUUUUAACCCAUACCAGGAGCAUGUUGCUCUUCACACUCCAAUGGGCUCCUUUGAUUUGAAGACAUCACGGGUACAGGAAUGUGGGAGCAUGGAUAUGAGUAAAUUUGGCCACAGCCAAACUGGUAAGAUAAAAAACAGUCCAUUCAGGCGGAAACUGGAAAGUGCAAUUCAGUCUAGUCUGGUUGACACAAACAGUUCGCAGAAUUCAAGCGGAACUCCGAGCCCUCUGGUGGCCAGCACCUUCUCUACAACCCAGAAACCCUACACUUGUGGUGCCUGUGGCAUCCAGUUCCAGUUCUACAACAACCUGCUGGAGCACAUGCAGUCCCACGCUGCGGACAAUGAGAACCACACCAAAGGGGACUCUCCCAAAACCUCCUCAGCGUCCGGUCUCCAAGAGCAGCUGUGGAGGGGAUCUCAGGCUCAGGCCCAUUCCUCAGUUAAACUACAAAUCCAGCCUCAAAGUAUCCCCCAGAGAAACCACACAGUCAGCCAGAAUAAUGGUCUACCUGAGAAGGAACGACAGCAGGUGGCCGAGCGCCUCUUACGGGUAAUGUGUUCAGAUCUGAGCAUGUUGAACGUGCUCAACAGCAAGGACUUCCUCAAAUUGGCACAGACCUUAGUGGAUACGGGUGCUCGUCACGGCGCCUACUCCACCCGUGAUGCGUUUGGCAACAUGAGUGCCUUGGCACUGCGCCAGCUGCCCCGCAUGUACAACCAAGUCAAAGUCAAAGUAACGUGUGCUCUAGGCUCCAAUGCUUCGCUCGGCAUCGCUGUCACCUGCCACUCGCAGACGUCAGGCCCAGAUGCUUGCUUUGUUCUCACGGCCUACCAGGUGGAGGGGUCGAGGCUGAAGCGCUACGUGCUUGGUGUGAGGGAGGCUGAGCUGAGGGAAGGGCCCGAGCAGAUUCACCACUGGGUGCAGAACGUGCUGUCUGAGUUUGUGAUGUCAGACAUCCGCACCGUGUAUGUCUCCGAGCCCAGAGUGUGGGCGGCAGGAUUUGCGGGGUCACCACUUGGCGGCGGCGGCGGCGGUGGCCGGAGCAGGAUAUGGUUGCGAUGCGCGGGGUGUUCACUCGGCGCCGUUGUCCAGGCCGUCCUUGGGAAGCGCAGCCUCCAGGCUCGAGGUCUCCACGAGUUGGCUGAGCUUCUCUCAUCGUGCCGAGAAAUUGCCUCCUCCACCACGCUGUCCCUUCGUGAGGACCAUAGCACCAAAACAUCCACAAGCACAACGGAGGAAGGUACACAGGGCGGCCUUGCACAAUGCCCCACCCCUCCUUGCUGGGAUCGUACGGCCGAAGCUCUUCUGCAGGUCCAUGCCCACUUUGAACAGAUUUGUGAGGCUUACGGACGCAGUAAGACCACAGCUCCAAUCCUCCAUGGUCUCAACAAGCAUCUGCUCGGUACGCUGUCUUGUCUGCUGGCCCCUCUGCGUUUAGCAGCUCUGGAGCUGAGCAGCCAGAGGAGACCGACCUUACAGCAGGUUCUGCCCGUCUACCUUCGCUUGGAGAAGUUUUUCACGUCCAAAGCUGGGGAGGCUGGAACCGGCACGGCAAGCAAACUCUGCCACUACUUCCUAGAAGCACUUAAGGAAAAUUUCAAGGUCGAACGAGCCCACCAGGUAGCCAUGGUCCUCGACCCACUGAUCAAAUUGUGUUCAGUGCCGGCCUACCAGCAUGAAGACAUAAUCUCCCGCGCAUGCGAAAUGGCUGCUGAACCCAGGGAUGGAGGUAUGACAGGUGGUGGCGGAGGUUCAGGUGGCGAAGAGCGAGACGCCGAUGGCCCACCAACCCCUAAAAUAAGCCGCAUAGAAGGAGGGGGAAACAACGGCGGCACCUCAAGGGGGACGUCCUCGUCUUGCACAGUGUCCGGUAAUGAUGAGAGUCAGAGCCAAGUUAGACAAGAGAUUUUUCAAUACCUGGCUGAGCCUCUUCUCCAAGGCACACCUGACCUCUUCCAGUACUGGAGCUCAGCAGUGAAUGAAAAGUUCCCCAGGCUUUCUCGCCUCGCAAUGUGGCUCCUCGCUGUGCCUGCUGUGGGCAUCCGCAACGAGUGUGUGACGGUCUGCGAGCAGAGCCUGGCUAUGAAGAGGAGGCAGCAGGUAACCGCUGAGGAGAUGAACAAACUCAUUUUCCUUCGCUCCAAUAUGGGCUAGGAGAGAAACUCCACCGACCCUAAUCAACCAAACCUUCACCUCCAACCAAUGACUGAAGACUAUUAUUUAUAUACUGUAGGUUUAGACCAACUGUAAACUUUAAUGUGUUAAAUACUUCUCAUGACAGAUAUUUACAGGAAAACUCACAUUGUGUAGGUUGCAAACACUCAUGAAACAAUACGGCUUAAUACAUAUUUUGUAUGGAGAAAGGACUGUUGUUAAGUACUGUGGAUAAAUUGUAGGGGUGGAACGGUUACUCUCAAAAGAUUGUUCGGUACGCCACGCUCGGUUUGGGAUGCACAUGUAAGCAGGAUCUAUCUUUUUAUGGCCAGUGAUUUGAAUGACUUCAGCUUAAUGACUAAACUGCUAGUAGGCUAUAAUGCUGUUAUUCUCACUGGAUGGCAUUAUUUUCAGGUAAAGUUAGCUUUCGCUGCUUGAAACUACCGUCAUAGACCUCUGAAAACAUAAAUCAGUUAGUACUGUAGGGGCGACGCUGAUAAGUGGACUGUUCGUCAAUUUUAUCUGAGGACCCUUAUUGGACUGCCUGUCUCACAGCGAUCGUUGCAGUGACGGCAAAAUAUUGCAAUGAAAUAAAGGAUCAUACAUUAAUAACAGAACUUAACACUAUUAGAGAGCUAGAUAUAUUUUGAAUUGAUCAACAUUCUCCAAAAUCAGCUUGGGAAGACGCGUAGGUGUUAGCAGCGCUAUAACAACUGUUUGCAGUUUGCGUCUUUUGAAACUCCCUGUCCUCUCCCUUCUUCGGAAAAUGAAAUUAGGACUGAAAGUUCUAUUUACAACCACAAAAAUCAAGCAGGAUAAGAAACUGUGUCUCUACACACAACAAACAACGUUUUCCAUUAUUCUGAAACUACAACUAAUUGUUAGGAACAUGUAUCUGGGUCAAUAAUGUUUUUAUUAUUUUUCUAUGUAAAGCUGAAACGGAGGAAUCAAUAAGAAGGAAAACAAAGACAUGAUUAGAUGAUCAGCUGAAUAUGGACAAUUCUUGACCAAUCGGAUACUAAAAAUGUAAAUUCUUCGGGACACUCCUAAAGUACUGUAACAUAAAGUGUUUGGAGAAUGAUCAUUUUCAUUUCUAAAUAUGACAAACAAUUCAAGAGGCGAAUCUCUACUGCCAUUGUACCUCUGACAUUUAAGUGUACUUUAUUUCUGAUUUACUAUCACGAAUCACUGAACAUAUUUAUUUUCAACAUAUUCAGCCAUGUGCGCCGGUCGGUUUCAAGAGCUAUAUCAUUGCAGCUAAUUUGAUGGUUGCUUCAGUGGCCUAAAACAUUUUAGCUGUGGAUCAUUUGCAUGCACUCUACUGCAUGCAUUGUUAUUCAAAAGGUUAAAACAAAGCUGAUAAAACAUUAAUAUGAUGCUUUCCAUUUUUUGUUUAUUUUUGCAAAUUGUGAAGAAAAGUCAUCCAAUUGUUUUUUUUUUUCCUUUCUGAAAUCAAAUCGGAGGUCUUUUGCUGCUAGAUGUGCAGGUAAAACAGCUAGAUUUGCACAAAGUAAAAUCAAGCUUUUGUUUGAGUUUCCUUAAUGUGCACAAAGAGGACAGAAUCAUAUUAGAACCAUGGUUCGUUGGUUAGCUUUGACACCAAUUUCAUGUUUUUUCCUAAGCUUAAUUAGAAGGCUCGUCCAUAGGACAAUUUAUUUAUUCUUCUUUCCUCAUUGAUCAUUCUAAUAUAAACAUUGUCUUCCUUAUGCGAGCAACACAUUUUCAUUUUUAAAGCAAUAAGCUUUAUCAUGGUUUCCAACUUUAUCUACAAAUUCCGACUGUUCUCAUGACACUCCUACAGUUAAUUAUUUAUGGUCAAUUAUUUUCUGUUCGUGAAAUCAAUGGGAUUUUCUCAGGAAUGAGUGCACCCAGGCAGGCACCUCCGCUUUUUCCUCACCGUACCGAAAACACACCAAACUAUGACCUCAACGCCGAGGUAUGUACUGAACCGUGACUUUUGUGAAACGUUCCACCCCAAAUACAGUUAGUGCCAUUUGCAACAAAUGAAAAAUGGAUCACUGAGGGUUUAUUUUUUUCAGGAUAACACAAAUUCUGCCAGUACUAAUGAAAUCAAGUUGUUUUAUUUUUCUAUGGAUUCUAGUAUACAUAUAAACUACUCAAUACCUCCUGAAAUGACUUGGAUGAAUGGAAAUUAUACUGUAUUUUUGUUUGUUGCCUUUGGUACUAAUUUGUGAAGUACUAGUUUGUCAUCUCUGUUUUGGGCCUUAAGUCUCUUUCAUGUGGCCACCUUAAACCCUACAGUCAGAACCAACUUCAUGCCUUUUUAAUCGCUGUUUAAUGGCCUUCUUUUCACCAUGUUUUCUAAAGCUUGUAGUUUAUUGUUUUUUGUUGUUUUUCUUCACACCGGUAGACUCAAAGGGACCUCUGGCUGAUGGUUUGAAACGGUGUCCUCUGGUGGACAAAUGUGGACUUAAAAAAAAAAAAAGAAAUCAUGGACAAAGGUAUUUGAUAAGUGUUGUAUUCCAAAGUUCAAGUCACCUCUUGGUUUACAAAAUAGGUCAGGAAUAUUACCAACAAUAAUUCACCCAAGCACAAGAAUCCACUGUGUAAACCUAUACUUUGUAGACCAGGUGUUCAUUGGGGUCAUCUCAGAGCAGGGAGAUGUAUUAAUACUGAUAUUGUGGUAUUAGACCCUCAUAUGGAUUGUUUAUUUUGCAGCUAAAUAUUUGGCUGUUCCACAUAAAUGAGAGGCCACAUCACACUCUUUCAAUCAUAUUCAAAUAUUUAAAACUAAUAGUCAGAAUUUAAAAUAUCAUCUGUAAAAAAACAUAGGAUCGAUAUUGACAUGUUUCCCGCCUUUUAGACCUCAGAACAACUUCAGUUAAAGUCACAUGACACUUUUGCCCAACAAAAUAAAUCGCUUAAUCUCCCAUUCAUUUCAGUUGAAUUGGACAAAUUCAAGUCACUAUUCUUUUCCUGUGGCACCACCUUCUUGUGUGCAUAAUCACAAUGAUGGACAUCUCCCUCAUAGACAGUUUACAGUUAGUGAUUAACAUUUAUCCGUAACCCAGGUUGGAAUUGUGACAGCAGUUAUGUUAAACAUGACUGCACCUUUUAGUUUGUAACGACACAGGAAGUAAAAUGUAGAUAAGUCAGUACACUGCACAUGGAAAUUAUAGGGAGAAUCUGUUUAGUCCACGUAAAUGCAGUUUUGUCCGUUUUAAUUUAUGAUAAACAUUUAUUAUAAAUGCACUUAAGGUUAAAGACGCUUAAAUGAUGUCUGUCAAUGUAAGAUGAAUGGCUCUGCAUUGCAGCGUACAUCAGGUUAUUUUUAAUAGACUGUUUCCCUCCUUACCUCCAUUAACAGCUUUGAUUUAGUGUUUCAUAAAUGCUUUUAUCUCCUUAAUGGGUGACUGAACACUAGGCUGAAAAGCACUGUUUUGCUGCCCUCUCUGGUUGAAAGUUUCCAGCCUGUUUCACCAUCCGUGCUGGAUGGAAGUGGUCAGAAAUGGGCACUCUUGCACCUGUAACCACAUCCAGCAGUGAUGUCAUGGGGUGUUUGAGUACACCGGUACACCACUGCAGCCAGGUGAGAUUUUCAACCACUGAGGUCAGCAAAGACAACAUUUUCAAGUGCUCUAUAAUGGUUUCUUAAACCAUCAGAUUUUUUCUUUUUCUUUUUUUGCAACAAGGUUCUUGAAAGGAGUUAUUUCUUUCACAUUUGAACACAGUUUAUCUGUUUAACCUCUCUAAGGUUUGUGGAGAAUGACUCUGUGUAACCAAGACAAUACAUUUCAUUGUUAUAGUCUAUAUCUAUAGUACUGUUAUACAACUGAUUUAUGUCACACGUUUAUAUUUUGGUAAACAUAAAAAGAAAAAAGAUUGGGGUAAAUUAUAUUUAAAAUUUAAAUUUUUUAGCAACCAAUCCAAUGUUUUACCUCAGUAUUCAGAAGGUUGUAAUUUUAAGAUUGGAAAUCAGAUGUUCAUACAAAAUUUCGCUUUGGUCUAAGAUGUAGUCAAAAUACUGUACAUUAGUUUGCGGUUUAAGCAGUGAUCCUGAACUGAACUGAUGAAGGGAUUUUUCUUACACGUUUUUAAAUAAGUAUUUUAAAUAUGAUAUGCUCUGGGAUAAAAUGCCAUUGUUGACGUAAUGAUGUCAACAUAAUUUUACUUAGAAAUAGCAUUCUUUUUUCUUAAUUAAAUGAGAAUUAUAUCUAAGAUAUGCAUGCUUUUAAUAAGAGUACUGAUAUAUAAAGUUUCAGCCACAUGAUUCACUUCCAUCUGAGGUGAAACACUGGCUCAUGAGUAGACGUUACCUUAGGACACUCAUCAACAGUCAGAUAAGCAACCAGGACUGAAUUUCAACCUUUCAUGGUGGGAGUAGCGAUGCUGAUCAUAAGUUGGUGUUUAUGGGUUGACAUCAUCCAUUUUCAGAGGAUGUAUUAUGUAAAUACAAGAGAACUGCUGUUUUAUGCCACAAGGGGGAGCCUUCAUUUCAGAGAUACAGUAGGGAACACCAAUAACAUUAUACCUCUAUUUUCUACAGUAGCAUUUCAAAAGGUUUUUGAUAUACAGAAAACUCAACUUAGAUACUGUUAUUAGGAAACUUAAAUCAGCUGUAAGUUUUAUUUUGUUUCAGGAUUUUAACUUAUUCAGAUAAUAAUUGUAAAAUAUGGUAUAAGAAUGCAAACAUGGAGACCUUUUCUGUUUUUAACUAUGGAUCAUACUCUCUAUUAUCAAUUCAGGUUCAAAGUUAGUGUUGCUUUCAUCCUAUUUUACAGGCAUUUCUUCCUUUUAUACUCUGCUAAAUGCAAAAAAAUGGGUUGAGUCUAUUCAUUUUGUGUGUUUUUAAUGCACUUUGGCAGCAGAUUCCUGUGUAGCUUCAGAUCUAAGUUGUCUUAUUAGUAAGCCUUAUUUAUACUUUUGUAGCAACACUAUUUUUAUAUAAUGGCAAAGAAAGGGUUCAGUGUCUUUUUCUUUUGUUUUUCCUGUGUCAUAUGUGGCAGCGCUGUUCAAUGUUUCUUGAAUACAUUACCCACUGUAGUAUGUGAUGUGUGAAUAAACUCCAAAUCUGUGUCAACA